UCGCAGCUCUCUGUAAAUAAAUAAUGAUCUAAUUGUACAUAUAUGCUAUUUCUGGCUCUGACUGAUACGUCCAAGAUACCGAUUUGUACCUACUGUCAUGUAAACAGUCUCACAUGAUUUUCGCUGGUAAAACAAAGAUGAAAUGAUUGUCAGAUUUACUUCUAAAAAUUAAGAAAAACUUCGUAUAAAGAUAUAAUACUUUCGAUUUCUUUAAAUUCAUCGAACAGGUAUCUAUCUGCUCGAAAGAAAUCAUUCGUUUCUAUGGAAAUAUACGCACACUUUGCGAAGAAUAACUGGAUUUGAACCAGUCGCGAGAGUAAAAUACAUAAUUUUCACAUCAAUAUAUAUUUGAAAGUUAAUCAUGUCUUCAAUAGCCUGACAUUGGUAGCAGUUGUUUACUGACUAAACUUGAAUAAUAAUGAAGAUCGAUUAUUGAGUAAGUUAACAUGCCUCAUUACGAUGAAAGUUUUAUUUACGAUGAUAAUCAAAAUCAGCGGAGAAAUAAAAGGAGUUACAGAGUUUACAAAAACGGAAUAAAUCCAUUUUUAGAACCUAGCGAAGUACUACAUGUCCUAGAAGAAAGAGGAUCAUCAGUUAUAAAACGAAAUAUCAGAAAUAUUAAGCAGCGUGGCCAUCGUUUUAAACCUGACUCGCUUCCAAGUGAAAAUAUCCAUCAGAGCAAACGUACGGAAAUAUUAGUAGAUCCAUGCCCACGUUUUACUUGCUAUGAUGAAAAAAAAUACUAUGACUUACAAAACAACAAUAUCUUAGCGCUCACUACUUGCAAAAGUUUUGAUAAUUUAACAUUGACCCAAGUUAGAAGCAAUGGCGGCAAAGAAAAGAAUAUCAGAAACGGGUUUAGUCUGCAAAAUUUAGUCGACGAAGAAAAUAUACAGCAUUAUGUUUCACCGAGAGAAGAACCCUUCUCAGAUACAAAAAGGGGCGAGACAAGAAAUUCAUACUCUGUCGUUGAUGGACGACGGCAUCCCUUGCAUCGAAGAGUCUCCCGCGGAACUGCGGCACCAGGUGUCGGCAUCUAUCGGCAAAUAAACAUCGAAGGAACAGCUCGAAAAGCAACACGGGAGGGCGACGGGUCCGGCGAGCCAGGCUCGGGGCACCGCGGCUCGCUGCGCGGCGCCAACAAGCUCGCGCGGCGCGCGCGCUCCUUCAAGGACGACCUGCUCGAGCGCAUCUCCAACAUGCGCUCGCCGGCGCAGCAGCACCAUCCGCCGCAUCUGUCGUCAGCCAUCCGGUCGCACUCGCCGCUUAGUCCCAAGAUACGCAACAUGGCGUCCAAGGCAACUACGGCUGAGGAAGGGGAGUUAACACCGGCCAAAGAACUGGAGGGGCUAGUCAAAGAAGUAACCUUCGGUUUGAAACAUUUCUCCGAUGUUAUUACCAAGAGAAAGCUGGAAAUGCUCCCUGACAACGGCACUAUUGUUUUCGAAUCUAUCGCUAAUAUUCAUAAAGCAAUAAAGCCAUACAGCGGUCGGUCGCCGUCGCUGCUGAGCGCCGUGAAACGCCUCUGCAAUGCGCUAGCGACGCUGAUCCGUCUGUGCGACGAGAUCGCGGCCGUGAGUUUGCGCGCGGACGCGGGCAACGAGGAGAUGGACGCGUCGGCGCUGUCGGCCGAGCACGUGUCCACGGUGGUGAAGGGCGUGACGGCGGCCGUGGAGGAGGUGGCCGCACUAGCGCAGCAGCAUAUGGCGCGCCCGGCCCUGUCUCCGCGCCCCGCACUCGUAUCGCCGCGCGCUUCUACGCAACGGAACUCUUUGCCCGACAUUCCGUUAACGCCGAAGGAGCGGUCGCUGCUGACCGGCGACUCGGGCCCGGAGUCGGCGGUGGUGCGCGCGUCGCACUCGUCGGAGUCGGUGCUCGACGCGCCCGACUCGCCGCCGCCGAAGCCGGCUCGCCCCAACAGGAAAAUGGAGCUGGCCCCACCUCUACCGCCCAAGCGGCGCUCGGCGAAUGAAAACUCCCUCAUAGCACAAUCAAUUGACAGACUGUCCCUGCAGUCUCACAGCAGCGGCUCGCUGGACUCGAUGCUCAACGUGUCCAACGAGGAGGACCGCCACGCGCACGACUCCAACAGCCACGACCGGGUCUUCGUCACGCCGCCGUCUUCCGACCUAGUCGGCAUAUGCAGCUGCAACAGCGGCAGCGAGAUGCGCUCCUCGCUCGAGUCGCAAGAAUCUCACGCCAACAGUAUUAACGUCCACUCGCACUCGAACCACAAUCGGUACGUCCACCAUUUCUCCAAUGAGUCAGGUUUCGCAUCGCAGGGCCAAGCCGAAAUGUCUACCGAACACAGUUUCUCGUCGACUUUCGCUUCGCACCACUACUCGAGUCACACGGACAGUAAUUUUGAAAGUACACUGUAUGUGAACGAAAUGAUGGGCACGCGACAAGGUAUUGAGAGCUUCAUGAAUGUACAUAUGACAAAUGCAACCACACAUCAGUCUAUAAGCACAAUGUUGCCGAGCAUCACGUCAGACGAGAGCGAGGCGCCGCCCGAGCUGCCGGUGAAGACGCGGCGCAACAACCGCGCGGACGUCCAACAAAGCUUCCCUAACGUUGAAAUCAGACAAAGCCCAGUGUGCUCGCUGCACGGCGAGGCGCGGCCGCACACGCUGGCCGAGCACCACCCCACGCGGCCGCCCCCGCUGCCGCUCAAGAAGAAACACAUGUUUCAAAGCGUCGCAUACAGCGUUAUGGCGUAUAUGGAGAUGUUCGGCAACUGCAGUCAUCCGCCCAACAACGCGGCUGCGCCGCCAGACAUGUUCCGGCACUCUAUUCAUACAUACAAUCUGGCUAGUGCGCAACACACGAGUGGGAGCACUAUGGUGCAGCGUCACCAGCACGUCCAACGGUCCAUAGCGCAGUCGUUUACUGUGCAGCACUUUAGCAGUCCACCUGUAUUGAGUGGGUCCGAGGACAGCGUCAGCUUGAAUACGUCUUGCGGGACCAGCCCUGUGCCUCCCGAGCUACCGCCAAAGAUGAAUAAAACUAAGAUUCAAAUCAAUUCGAGCAAUGAACUUCUACCGCCUCCCUCGCCUCGACCAUCAUCGCACAAUAGCUCUACGUCCGUCGAAGACACCACGCACAACAAUUUGAACUGUGAUGAAUCUUACAUUAGUACUUCCACGCCGGCCAAGUUCCCCAUCGAAGACGAGCAGGAGUUGUUGGUGCCUGAGCCAACACCGUCACCUGUGCCUUCGCAGAAGAGCGAAAGCAGUACUGAGCCUAUUGCGGCCACAAAAGACUCUGACACCGCUCCUCCGGACGCCGACCCCGAAGACAUCAUACUGCAGACAGACAUUAGCUCCAACUUGCUUCUGAAGGCGCCCAGCAAAGACGGGCCUGAGGUGCGGGGCGGCCAUCCGGACGCUCUCAUCGUCCUCGCCACUAAAGCUACCAAAGACUUCGCGUACCAGGAGGCAUUCCUGGCCACGUACCGCACGUGGGUGGCGCCGCGCGAGCUCGUGGCGCGGCUGACGCGCCGCGCGCACCACUUCAAGUCGCGCCCCCACGAGCUGCGCUCCACGCUCAGCCUGCUCACUAGGGUUGUAAAUGAUCUUACGAUGACGGACCUUGAAGAAUCUCUAAUGCAGAAAAUUAUGGAAUUUAUUUAUUGGCUUAUUGAAGUCGAAGAGUUGCCGAUCGCAAAAGCACUGAGACAAAUUUUGGUCGACAAGCAAAAGCAGUUGCAUAACCAACAACAGGCGAACACCAGAUACGAAUACGAGUCUCCGUGCUACUCGAGCGUCUCCCUCCGCCGCGACACGUUGCUCGACUUCAAGCCGUCCGAGCUCGCGGAGCAGAUGACGUUGCUGGACGCCGCGCUGUUCGCGCGUAUCACCACGGCCGAGGUGCUGUCGUGGCCGCGAGACCAAUCCGAGGAGAGCUCUCCCAACCUCACAAGGUUCACGGAGCACUUCAAUAAGAUGAGCUACUGGGCACGCUCGAGAAUUUUAGAACAGGACGAAGUGCAAAAACGGGAACGCUAUGCUCGGUGCUUUCUAAAAGUUAUGAAGGCGUUGCGUAAAAUCCACAACUUCAACUCGUACCUAGCGCUGGUGUCGGCGCUGGACUCGCCGCCCGUGCAGCGGCUGGGCUGGCCGCGCGCCAUCGUCGAGGCGCUGCACGACCACUGCGCCAUCAUCGACUCGUCUUCCUCCUUCCGCGCCUACAGGAAUGCCCUGGCGGAGACGCAACCGCCCUGCAUACCCUACAUUGGUCUAGUACUCCAGGAUCUGACUUUCGUCCACAUCGGCAACCCAGACCUAUUGCCCGACGGAAGCAUCAAUUUCACAAAGCGAUGGCAACAGUACCACAUCAUGGAAAAUAUGAAGAGAUUCCACAAAGACAGACAGUACAAGUUUAAGAAGAACGAACGAAUCCAAGCCAUGUUCAACGAGUUCGACGACGUGUUGAGCGAGGAGGCGAUGUGGCAGAUAUCGGAGAGCCUGAAGCCGCGCAGCGGACGGCCGCGCGCCGCCGCCGCGCCCGCGCCGCCCGCGCCGCCCACCGCCUAGCUGGCGUCGCUGCUCAACUGCGCCCGGCUGAGCAUGGCGAUAAAAUUAGAAUCCAAAGAAUAGAAAAGACCAAGAAAAUUGUAUGGACGAAAAGAGCUGGCUUAUAUCGAUGAGGAAUUGUGUAAGUUAAGAUGAAAUGUGAUUAUCUGUCCUAAAAAGGCCUAAUUAUUUUAGUGUAUUAAUAGUAAGUGUGCGAUUUUCAACUGUGAUGGAACCGGGAGGAACGUCGAAUCGCGCCGGCCGGCGUUUUCCUCGCUUCAAUUCUCAAAGCUUUUCGUGUGGAAUGAAUAAAUUUAAUCAUAGUAAAGUUUGAAGCCAAAUAUUCACUAUCAGUAUUUGAGUCGGAUAUACUAUCGUCUUAUACAUAUCAGCAUGUGACUUGUGUAGUGAACUAAAUAAACGAGUGACGCCGUGGUGUUUAGAAUAAUGUCCUUGAUAUUCUUCUCGUUGUUGUAUUUGCCAUUGGUGUCGAUAUCUAAGUAAAUUUGCUUCGAAAAUUUAAAUAUUACAUACAUCGAAUUAGAGAACCUUUUGAAGUAGGAAUUUUAAAUACAGUGUAGGUAAAUUGGAAUACAGUGUCAAUUACUUUCUCCAUUAAUCUUUAAGUAAAAACCAAACCUAUUGGUAGCAGAAAUAAUAUGUAUAAUAGUCCUUAAAAAUGAAAUAGUGAGUUAGGUUCAAAUCAUAUUUUUUUUUGUAUAGAUAUAGCCCUUUUAAUAAAAAGUAAUUGGCACUGUAGUUGUCGACUAGGCUAAGCGUAAACUGUGCCGUUUGUCAAAUCAUUGUGGGUAAUUAAGCGUCGAUUUAAGAAUUGCGCUCAGCGCCUUGGUGCAAUGUGAGCUUUGCUUAUUCUCCCCGAAAUAUAGCUUGAUUAGAAUGUCAAUGCCAUUACAUUUAAUGAUAAAAUAUUGUGUGGCUCCGCGUAGAAAUCGGUUUUUAUAUUAGACAUUGCCAAUUCGAUUACUUAACUUGCAUGUUGCUGCAAUGGUGUUUAAAUAUAAGGAACAUAGACUAUGUAAAUUACUGAUGCCUAGUGAACUGGUUACUGUACGUAAUGAUAUCAUAGUUAACUUGCAUGUCACUAUUAUAUAGUAUUACUUAAAUUAAAUUGUAAUUUAACACAAACACAAAAUUGUGUAAUAUGGAAUUUACUACAAAGAAAUGUAGUACAUUCCAUGUUGUACUGUGUCGAAAAUGCAAUAAUAGAGUUGUAACUGUUAUGACAGGAGUCACCGCAGACUAGUAAAUUAAUCUGCCUCGUAAUUAGCUAUAUUUCAUACAAACUUAUUCACAGUAGCAACUUUUAGAGGUUUCCAACAUCAUUUUGAGAUUGAGAUUCUAAUCAAGUUUCAUGAUAAUUAAAAUAAUAAACAGUAGGUAGGUCAGUGGCGUCGCGCCAAUCACAUUCCGGCUCACUAAAUCAACAUUAGAACAAUUCGUUAUUUAUCACUGUCAACAAAAAAGUAAACCGUAUUUCAAAACAGUUUUUUUUCUACAAUGUUAUCUUAAGUAUUUUUUUUUAUAUUAAUGAGGUAUUGUAUAUUUUUUCCUUUUUUUUACUAUGUAAUAACUAAUAUUUCCAAUAAACGCAGGUUUAUUUAUUAUUAUUUUAUAUAGCCACAAUUGAAUUAAUCAUUAAAUAUAAAAGUGACAUAAGCAUAUUAAGUAAAACCUCGUUUUGGUGUCUCUUAAUAAUGUAUUAUGACUAAGGACAUAAGAUAACAACAUUUGUAACAACGCCACUGACCAAUAAACGUGUUCCCAUUGUCAUGUAUCAGUUACAUAAUAAUAAUGUUGUCGGCGGGGUUUGACAACAUUUGCCUUAUAUAAUUGAUACAAUUAUAUUAAACAGGACGGGUUGUUUUGUUUUUAAAGUUGAGAUAAUAAUUAUUUAUAAAAUUUAUGUAAUAGGGCUUCCAUGUUAUGAAUACAUCAUAUAAGUAAUUUUGCUAAAACAGAACCUGAAUGGAUCCUCACAUCUCAAGGCAAAAUCCCCGCCCUCGGUUCAAUCUAUUUCCGUAAUAAAUCAAUCAACUGCGUGCCAAAUUUUAAACACAAAACAAGUGUCCUACUUUCAUAUGUUUACUAUAGUAAUUUUAAAAGGAUCGGUAAUAUUUGAAGAUGGCAUAGUACAAUUGAGGUAACGUCAUUGUAAAUCGAAGCACUUAUAGUACAAAAUUGUACGUCAAAGUGAGAUUUAGCAUUUGACUUUUCACUAGAAUUGAAGUUGUAGGUAUCAUCUAAAACCUCUUUUACAACCAAGUAAGGUAUCUUUCAAAUUGUACUAGGAUAAAAUAAUCUUCCAACUAAUGUCACACUCGCACUUAUUACCUACUAGGCGCUAGGUACUUCCUCCAGUUUUAAAGUACGCAUAGACAUCAACCAUCCAAUGUUUUAAACGAAUGUAAGAAUGCCAUAAGGAUAAGUUAAUCAGCAAUUUAGUAGAAAGUAUUUAAUGCGAUAUUUUUGUGCAUGUUCUUUAAAAUAUUAAAGUCGAAGUUACUUUUUAUUUUUGAUAUUCAGAAAAUUAUAUUUUUCUUAUAAGUUGCUACCUAAAGGCAGCAACCAUAUUUGAAUAUAACAUACUUUUGAGAUGUUUACUUGUCUAUUCUAUCGUCACGGAUUGUGUCAUUUUACUCUUAAGAAUUUUAGUGUCAGACGAGGUUUAUCUUAUAACAUAGCCCAGCGCACGGACGUUAUUCGCUGUUUUCGACAGCCGAGAGCCUAGGUAAUUUUUAGCAAGAAAUCAUAAUCGGUGUUUGUUUUGCCUUAAGACGAUCGAGUUCGAAUUAAAUGAAAUAGCAAUAAAUUUUGAUGGUGUUGUAGAAUCGUUGCACAAUUGUGAUACUACUCAUGUAGCGCCGCUUGCUACUCUGUCGUGUUGACGCCCUCGUUAUGUAGGCAAUUAUAUUAGAGAAUGUUAGCUGUAAGCGUUAAAAAUCAAACCCCAAUAUUUAUCUGUCGCUAAGUUAUUGUAAUUUAUCAGGUAGUGCAUUAUUUGGAGGAACAUAAUGUUCCGUGCAAUAACUAGACCAAUAUUUAGGACAUUCUACAAUGCUUUACUGAUGUUUACGCUGACGUAUUGUUGAGAGGCGAAGUAGGAGUAGUUUGUGUUAUAAGUGCAGCAUAGGAAACAUGUUGGCGAGUUCUAUGUCUAGUUUACAAUAUAGCUAGUGCGAGGUUUCAAGUUUUAUAGUUGCCACAAAUACAAAUAUUGUUAUUAUGAUUGAACAAAAUUGUAGUAAUUGACAAUGUAUGAAACGUAAAAUAAAGUUUUUAGGCGUUUUCGCGGAAUUUAACUAUGUAUGGUGUAUUCCCGAUAAUCAUUUAAAAAUAAUUCAUAUUCCGUUGCAAGGGACCUUCCCUUUCGGCCGCCACUCUUUUAGUGUUUUUUCCUUUCGGAAUUACCAGAAUACACCUUAUAGAUUAUUUGAUACAGAAAUAAUACCUUAUUCGAAAUAUACACCGGGGAAACGAGUAAUGCACACGAAGCGAUUUAUUGGCGCAAGUUUAGACUUACACUAAUAUAAGUUAUUUGAAAGUGAUUACAAAAUGCUUAAAUAAAAAUAUAACUUCUGACUAAGUGAUCGUCUAGGUGUGUUGUUUUGUGCGAUAGAUGACGAUUUGGCAUUAGUUGAGAUAAGAAAAUCGCAAUGGUCACAAAAGAAACUGAACUAUAUGGAGUAAUGACUGGUGAAGAAAAAGCAUAAUUUCACACCAAUUUAUUAAAUGAAUUGAAAUUUGCACCCAAAGACUGGCAUAACUAUCUGCGUAUGGAUGAAGAAACUUAUUUGAAACUUUUGUCGAUGGUAACGCCAAGUAACGCCAGUACGCUACUAAACUUGUACGCACGCUGACACAAAAUUGGAACUUUUUUAAACUUGUACAAGUCCAAAAUUUGCGCACGUAUCUUCCAACACACAUUACAGUAAACUUGUGCAAGUCUAAACUUGCGCAAGUAAAUCGGUUCCAUAACCAUACAGCACCAUAACUUGACAAAUUUUAACCACGCAUUCCCGAGGUCAUAAGGAGCAAAAAAUGUUAUAUAACGUUUGAUCAAAUUCUGCAAAAAAAAAAUUGUGAGUGUGUGUUUUCUGCACACGACACGUUAUUUCGUACAUCUUGGUAAAUAAAGUUCGUAGAUAAAUUUUGCUGGUUUCUUUUAAAACUGUAAUGUCUGUCAGUAGGUAUGUAUGUCUAAACCAAGUCAAAUCAUAGUGGCAGCGACGCAGCCGUUUUUCACCGAGUUAUGUUAAGAAACAAAUUUUUACAAGGAUUGUCAUACUAGACCGAUUUCAGAAAACUUUGUAUGACAUUUUAGUCUAAAUGCGGUCAGAAAUACCUUUAAAUCUGUCAGGUUACUCGUUCCCACGGUGUAUAUAAAAAAGGUAUUAUUUCUACAGUGCUAUAUUUUAUAGCUUCAUUUGUACACACCUAUAGCACAAGCGUUUCAAUCAAUGUACAUUAUUAAUUUAUGUACUUUUAUUUGAAAUUUAAGAUUUUCAGAGUAGGUAUACGUGCUAUUCAAGCUUUCCAUCCCGAUACCAAUAUUUCUAUAUCCACAAAAAACAUCGGUGAAAUUAGAAGUCGCACGGUGAAAAUACUCUUUCAGGCAGUUCAGAACUGCUGAGGACCACUUAACAUACAUUGCAUUGAAAAAUAUGACUCGUUUGCUAGCUGUGUUCCUAAGAUCAUGAUUUUUGUUUGAUAUUAUUUAUUUAGUGUAGGAAUGUUUAUGUAAUUGUAAAAUUUAGUGACGGGAAAUAUAUUUAAAGACUGCAUUAAUUAAUUGUUCAUUAUAUUUGACAAUGUUAGGAUAUCCCAUUUCUUCAUUGGAAAUAUAUUAGGUAUUUUGUAAGAUGGGUCUGGCAGUGACCAAGUACCGGACGGCUCCAAUAGAUUGCAAUAUUUGGUUAGCAAUUUGACGGGUUCGUUAUAAUGCCGGAAACGGCGAGCUUACAGUCAUGGGUGAAUAUUCCGCUUGUCAUGUUGUCUAUUCACGUUGCCGUAUUUGGCCUAAUACGGCUCUGAAUCUCUUUUGUUUUCUAUUUUAAGGAAUGAGAUGUACACGAAUAUUUUGGCAAAUACGGCGGCGAGGUGAAUAGGCACCAUUAGAGUGUUAUGCAAACAGAGAUCACCGAUGAUGUAGGUAGAGGUGGUCGUUACCUUACAGAAAGUUACAGUUCUACUUGCAUCUACUCGUUUGUACGGUGAUUUGUUACAAGUCGAUGUUAAAACAUAGCGGUUACGAUCGUAGAUAGAUUACAUCAUAAUGAACGGCAUACAUAUAAUUGUGUUGUAUUAGCGAGUUCAGUAUUAUGUUUAUGUUUAAAAGAAAUGCCAUAAUGUACGAAAUGGAUUAUAUUAUUAGUGUCUAUUCAUGAAACGAUUUUUUACACCUUAUCAUAUUCAUGUUAAAGCUUACUUUAAGUAAAGUUUUUUUUUUAUAUUAUAUUUUAAAUAUACUUUUUAUUGUAAAUUACUUUUUUACUGAGUUAACCAUAAAGACGUACUAAGUAUAUGUGAUUUGCAUGUAUGUACAGUCUAAAUCUGCGUGUCAAGUUUUUAUUAUUUGUAAAAUAAAAUAACACCAUAUUUACAAGACAAACAUGUUUUACUUUAAUAUUAUAUAGCGUAAAAUUGUAUACUUUAUUAAUAGUAAAGGUGGAAUAGGUACUUUAAAUAAAUUAUCAGAGGAUCUGCCGUAGUUUCAACUUAUUCAGCCAAUAUUAGGCACUAGUACAACUACCUAUUGUGUUUGCCAGCUCCGCAUUUUGUGCAUUUGUAUUGCUUACGCUUAGUAAUUAGAUUAUUUGCACCGUAAUUACAACGUUACGAACAUUAGACAGAUUAACUUUUUACUACCUAUAAUUUGCUAAAUGUAUAUUAAUUAGUCAGUCCUAUUAUCGUUAAUACAGAAAUAUGUUAUUGUA